GACCACCUUUUCGUUUCAUUAACAAAAAGUAAUGUAACAUUAUUUUGCAUUGAAUAGCUUAAUUUUGUUGGUUAGCCUACGUUAUUUACGCUUGCUCGUUUCACAUCAAGCUACGGAAAUGGCUAGCAAAUUGGCUGGCUAACGUGGCGUAUGCAACCUUCUAACUCUAUGAAAUCUUGAGCGCUUUGAUGUUAGUGAUUUUACUUGUAUGUUUUUUGAAACCAUGUCUUUCGUGUCUCUCUUUUAUAGUUUUGACAAAGUAACCUUGAUAUCAAACCAUUCGCUGACGUUAAUAGUUUGGCUAAUUCACUACUGGUACCUUAGAAUACGGGACAAGGGGCGUCUUUGGCAGGGGUAUCGAAAGUUUUUAAUGUUAACGAUGUCUCCCCUGUGAUGGUGGCACUCCUCAUCGCACCCAGGCUCUGACUCCAUGCUGCUCCCAGCCUGCCCCGCGUGUGUGCGCCAGACCCUGGCCAUGACCCUCCACCCUCUGGUCACCCUCUCCCCUGUGCUGGGGCUUCUCAGCCUGCAGGUCCUCUCCGUGGGCAGCACCACACCCACCAUAGUGGACAUGCGUCACGCAGUUGCAGACGGCGCAAACUGUACAAACCUGUGCAAUAGCCCCUCUUGUGACUGGUCUCUGUAUAGAGCAGAUCAAAAAGUAUGUUUACUUUUGAAGUGUCCCAAACUUGAAGAUUGCAAACAUGCCACUGUUGAAGAUCUUUUAAGUCAAGGUGCCGAUAUUGAAUCUAGAAGUGAGCUUGAUCCUCAUUCCAUCAGCUCCAACCCCUCGCAGCCCCUUGUAAGCCUCACAGCCCAGCCAGUAGAUGCUGUACCCCUCAAGAUGAUGCAGAGCACUUUAAGUCCUCAAGGUUCUUUGGGUCUACAACAGCAUGAGCCAAGCAGAAACCAGGAUUCAUUAGCAGGAGCCAACAACACAUCUAGUGAGACUGUUAAUAGUGCUUAUAUCAACAAGGAUCACUCAAACACCUCUACUUCUGAACAACCCAGGGCCACCACCACAAGUAUCACCUCCAGACCUACUACAAAUGAAAAGGUCUCCAUAGUCAUAUCAACAACCACCACUGCCACAACAACAGCCGCCACAACAACCUCCUCCCAAACUACCAGCUCAACCACAGCACCGCCCACUAAGAGCACUGCAAGGAAAGCCAAUGAAACAAUAUUAUCUUCAACUACCCUUAGCAGCACAUCAAAGCCAGCAACUACCACUACUCAGACAUCACCUUUGCCGACAACUAUCAUGACCACUACCACCCCUCCUACUCCACCACGUGCACCUUCUACAAAAUUGCCUCAAAUGCCCAGCUCACCACCACCAAAACCACCUGUAACCACACAAAUGGUCACAAAAGCUGUCGAAGAGAAGCCAUCGCCAACCACUCAGAAAGUCUUCAAUCCACCUACUGCGUCUGAGAGCCCUGUAGCUCUGACCACUUCUCCCGAGUCUGUAACCAAAGGGCCAGUCAGCAACACGAGUAAAGGCAUUGUAGGCAUCCCCAUGGGACCUUUCAGCGGUCGUCUGGUGGACACCAGCUCUCUGCUGGCAGUGCUCCUGUUUGGUCUGUUGUUCUUUGUGGUGACUGUAGUCCUGUUCCUCACGCAGGCGUAUGAGAGCUACAGAAGGAAGGAUUACACCCAGGUGGAUUACCUGAUCAAUGGAAUGUACUCUGACUCAGGGGUCUGAUGUAGGAAAUACGUUUACGCUGCAUUGUGGCUAUAAUUGGUCUAAUUUGAACAGGGAAAACAUCAGGUUUGCAACCUCUUCAAUCACAAACUCACUUGUCCUUAAGGUACUAAUGUGACAAGAUACAUAAAGAGAUUGCAUACUGAUCUGUAGUGGGAUAACACCGUAAUCAUUUCAGCCUCUGAAUGCUUAUGAGAGAAUUGUGGGCCAAUGUGUGAUUACAUGAUGUAUACAUUUAUUUUUUUAUGAUAUGCAUUUUUUUCUAUGCAGAGGAUGCUUCCACUUUGUACUCAUGGCACAUAGGACGAAAGCCUUAGUAUUGACUUCAUAUUUUCUUGAUUGAAUGUCAUUUCAUAAAGUUCUGUAGUGCAAUAUGUGGAGAUGUCAUGUUAUAUUAAGGUCCAGUAUUUCCAUUCCACAGCAAAUAAUUUUGUUUUGCACUAUUUGUCUUUUUUUUCAAAGUGUGAUUAGUCAGUUGACUACUCAAGGAGUACAUUAAUAAUGGAUGCUUUUUGAUUCUGGUCAUCACCAGGUUAUUUUUGUUGUUUACCAUUUCACUCCUUGGAUUGAGAUUGGAUGCCAAAACAGUCACUGUGGAACUGAAGCACAUCGUUGUUAAGCUAAGGGAAUUGUGUAGCCAUUAUGAACCACGUUUCCAGGAGCCAGAGAAGUUAGUUUGCUCUCCAGAUUAAACUCUGGCGUUUGGGAAGUCUUAUGAGGAGGAAAGAUACAGGUGUGGUAGCCUGUUUUGUGCCAAGUCUUUCAAGUCUUAACUAAAUGCACUUCUGCAAAUUAAAUGUACUUUACAACAAAAUAAUAAAGACUAAAUUGGCAGAUA